AUGGUUGAUAAAAGCAAUAAGGGUGAAGAAUUUAACGAUAAUAUCAAUAAAAACGAUUCUUUAAAAGCGAGUGAAAGUUCUUCUAGUUUUCGAGUUCCACCACAUUGUUUGCGUUGUAAAAUGCAUGGAUUAGAAAUUCAAUUGAAAGGUCACAAACGUUAUUGUCAAUAUAUCAUGUGUAAAUGUAAUAAAUGUGAAGAAACAUUAAAACGUCAACGAAUAAUGGCACAAAAAAUUGCGCAAAGAAGAGCUGAAGAACUUGAUAAAGCUCAAGGAGUUCCAUUAAAAGAUUUCAAGCCUAAAACUAAACCAAAUACUGAAAUUGAAGAUUUGAAAAAAAAUGCCGAAAACCUUCGUGAAACAUUCAACUUUACAUAUGAAACUUUACCAUUUAUAUUCGCAAUCAUUCGUGCAAAUAAAGGCGAUAUAGCAAAAUCUCUGGCUGUAAUUCAAGAAGGCCAUGAUUUAGUUUACGAGAAAUCACAAGACAACACUUUUGUAGAUUUUGAUUUUGAAAUUUUCGAUUGA